ACACGUAUUGAACAAGGAGCAGAAGAAUUCUGCGCGAUGAGGAACAUUUAAAAAUAUAUACAUAAAGAUAACUAGCGAUCCACAUUUCGAUUGUUGAUUAAUCUGUUAUUGAUAUUCUUAGAGAUGGCUCUUCCACCACAGCUAAAAGCCAUUCAGCACUAUCUAAGAACUGCACAGGAACAUGAGAAGAGGGAUCCUGUCGUGGCUUAUUACUGUCGGCUUUAUGCUAUGCAGACGGGAAUGAAACUGGACAGCAAAACCCCAGAAUGUCGGAAGUUUCUUGUGAAAUUGAUGGACCAGUUAGAAACGAUGAAGAUGGAGCUGACUGACAGUGACUCAAUCACCCAUGAAGUUGUCGGCAACGCACACAUCGAAAACUAUGCCUUAAAAAUGUUCCUCUAUGCUGACAACGAGGAUAGGUCAGGAAGAUUCCACAAGAAUAUGAUUAAGUCCUUCUACACAUCUAGCCUUUUGUUGGAUGUCCUGUCAGUUUUCGGCGAGUUAUCGGAGGAGAACAUCCAGCACAGGAAGUAUGCGAGAUGGAAGGCCACUUACAUCCACAACUGUCUGAAGAGUGGUGAAACCCCACAGGCUGGCCCUGCUGGCUAUGAAGAGGAAACAUAUGAUGAGGAGUAUGGUGCUGAGGGUGGAGGGGGACCCUCCUCCCAGUCUGCUCAGCCCCAGUCAUCACCUCAUUCCCAGCCCGGCUUUGGGGAUCCAAACCAGGGGUCUGGGUCCAUGGGGGGUCCCCCCUACCCCCCAACCAACUACAAUAAUAUCAACAUCCCCCAUGGAGCCCACUGCCCAGCCAACACACCUGCAGAGCUCCAUCCACCUACAGCAGGAGAAGCCAUUAAACCAGUGCCUGUUCCCCGAAGCAUUCCAGUGGUCGACCCGUCACUGCGGAGUGCCACUCAGGAAGGUGACGUGCGCCUCACGCCAGAGGACUACACCAGAGCUCAGAAGUACUGUAAGUAUGCCGGCAGUGCCCUGCAGUACGAAGACGUGGGCACGGCGGUGCAGAAUCUGCAGAAGGCCCUGAAGUUGCUUACCACUGGCAAAGAAUGAGACCCAUUGUCCCCCGGCGUCACUGUAUCACUACAUGGCUGAUCUGGCCCAGAAGAACUGAGACCGUUACCCUGUAAUCUACAGCAACCCCAGCUGUAUCCGUCUGAAGAAAGCAAUUCUGUCCCAACAUAACGUAAACAACAAUGACAUCUGUGUCUCCAUAUUGGACUCCUGCUGUGGAGCUUCCAUCAUGGCUGUCCAUAACUAGUGAGUUGCUCACUAAAGACAUCCCGAGCCUGUAUGUUAAAACGGUGCAUUUAUCCCCUGCUAAUAUACUCCUUAUAUUAGUUUUCACGAACAACCUAUUCACUGUAGUUUGAUAACACUUUUGUAUGCAUGCACGUUUUGGGAACGUACUCAUGUUGCAGUUCAAAGAAUACCACAUUUCUCAUCAAUUUUACGUACAGUAAAGUAGCCCAAUGCUUCAAGUAGACAGUAGAUAUAAUCCCCUAUUUUCAGGCGACAUUGAUCUGCCCUUUUACUGUGUUUUCAAUACAGUGUCUAUUAGCCUUGUUUUCUCGGGUGAACGGACUGUCGUUUCUGCAUCAACACAAUUUAAAUAAAAUGUGUAAAUUGAUUGAUGGUUGGUGACCUGUUUGUAUAUACUGAUACUGUCUGCUUUAGUAAACAAAACUGAGGAGGACUUUUGUUCAACAAGAAGGGGACAUAUAUGGUUGGUUUCCUAGACUAGCCAUUGUGCAUUCUUUUUAGUCUAGUACUAGGCUUCUUCAUCUGUGUCCAGGAAACCGCCCCAUAGAGAAGUAUUGUCACUUUAGUUGAAACCCCUUCCCUUCACGAAACUUGGUCUUUUGGAUGCUCUUAUCUUUGACUGAGCAGUAGAUUGGUCCAUCCUCAAAUAUGCAGAAGUUUCUUGAGUGAAUUUUGUGUUUCUAAUAUUUCUAAAUUGUUCAUUUCAUUUAUCGAUGUGUACUUAAACGAAGGACUCAUUUUCCCGUUUUUAUUAAAACACAUCAAUUAAAGUAUUUAGGUUAUUGUUCAUAAUUUUAUACAUUUCCAUAGUGAUGUUGAACUGGGAAAUAUUGAAGCAUGCCAGUGCUCCACACCGUAGAGACCGCAACAGUCUGUUGAUGGGUUAUUUGAAUAGAUUUAUCCAGAAUGCAACAUCCCUCUCGACUGCUGUCUCCACUUGAAAUGUAUUUAACUAAUUUGCUCUGUUUAUGUAGCCAAGCUUUGAAGAUGACCUUCUCUUCUCCCUUUUAGUGUUCGUUUGAUAACAGUAAUUGAACUGUAAUGUACAGCCAUUAGCGAUUAUUAAAAUGUGCUGAAACUCUAAGAGCAGAUAAUUGAGUGGACCUCACUGUGGAAUGUUCACUCUGAAGGCUCAACAUAUUAAAUAAAUGUGUAAAUCAAUGAGAUGAAAGGAGUGAACAAUUACAUUUAGAACAUUUGUAAUCUCACCAGGGAGUCUGCAUUACAAGGGGCAUUGAAAAGAAAUGCUGGAAAUUAAACCUUUAAUGAACUG